AUUUAAUUCCACAAAAAUCUAAAUUAUUGAGAAAGAGAGUAAGAUCUUUCUCUCGUGACGUAAGCAGGUGAAAAAAAAGUGAUUUUCUACAGCUCUUCGUCUUGCCUCCGUAAAUCUUCGCCUCUGUGAUGGCUGAGGCUUUGUCUCUUCCUUCUCCCCUGGCAAAUCAAACUAUUCCCUCUGAAAAAGGUGUUUUUGGUGUGGCCUCUUCUUCUUUGGUCCAGGAUAAUUCCUCUGUUCCUCAAUCUGUUUCUACUGGCACCUCUUCUCCACCAAUUGCUAAACCUAGUGUCUCUGAUUCAGGUUUUAAUUGGGCAAAAUAUCUUAUAUCAGAAGGUAAAAUUCCUGUUUCAUCAGCUUCAGUGUCGAUUUCAGUUGAGGGUCGUCCUCGUGUUAAGGUUUCCAAUGAUGUUUUUGAAAGGGGAGCUAAACUUCAUGAGGAUUUUAUUGUGGGAACUUUCUAUGGCAAAGCUCCAUCCUAUGGAAAGAUUUGGGGUGUUCUGAAUUUUCUGUGGGAAAAAGAUAAGCGUGUUACGGUGCAUACUUUGACAAAAAAUGCUUUUCUCUUCCAUACCCCCUCUCCUUAUCUACGAAAACGGGUGUUGCAACAGGAGUUAUGGCAUGUUGGGGACUCUCCUUUCUUUGUCACGACAUGGAAUUCUGAUUUUCGCUUCAAUCCUCCGUCACUAGAAAAAGUUCCGGUCUGGGCUACUAUAAGGGAUAUUCCUUUUGAUCUGAUCACUAGGGAAGGUCUAAGUAUUAUUUAUAGGCCAUUGGGAAGAGCGGUUGACCAUAAGCCUUUCACUAGUAUCAGCUCGGCAGAGGUGAAAGUUAUUGUGGAUCUUACAAAACCUCUACCUCCUAUGUUGGAGCUUGAGCGAGAGGAUGGUCAAGUCUAGAUUCUGAAAGUCACAUAUCCUUGGCUUCCCCCUUUAUGUCCUCUUUGCAAUGAAAUCGGGCAUAAGGCUUCUCUUUUUCCUACAUCUCCUCAAUCUGAAAUGAACUCUACAGCAGACAAAUUUACCCCGUCUCAAGGUGAAAAGAAGCAGGUUUGGAAGGCUGUUCCUGGUGGUAACGAUUGUCUUAACUCAAGUGUUUCAGUUGUUAAGCAAGCUUAUGUGGAUCAGGUGGAACAAGCUACAACUACUUAUUGAUCAUGAUCGAUUAAGCUAGGAGGUGUCCGUACAAGUGAGUUGAGGGGCCGAGACUUACCAUGUCCCAUAGAAUGAAGAAGAGGCCACAAUGACCUAAGGCCCAAGAGAAGGAUCGAGAACUUCCUUGUAGCCGUUAGGAGAGAAGGAAGAAGAGAGUCACAGAUUUGGUAUCCUCUUGGGAGACCAAGUCAGGUCGCUUUCACUCUAGGGAUUAGUAUUUCUCUCUCUCUUUGUGUCCCUAUCAAACUAGUGUGUCGCAUGUAAGGGAGUAGCCCUAAUGUUUUUACCUAUUUGAAGGCUUAUAGCCACCUUGUAACAAUUACACUAAUGGAAUCUAGUCUUUUGUUCAUUCUCUUUA